UCGUCGUCUAUAGGUCUACCUCGAUAACUGUCAUGCGCAUGACUGUCAAGCGUCGAAGCUCCAGUAAACGAUCAUCUGUUCGCAUUCCGAAAUUUAUAAGAAAUUAUAUCGCUCCAACAUCCUAGCACGAAAGCCAAAUUUUGUCGAAUCUUGUAUAUUCGCAGGCUCAAACGCUCGUAUUAAAAAUUUAUUAUUCGUGCUUUAUUGGGUGUGAACGAUUGAUCGCACGUGAGUCACCGGAAAGAUUUGUUAAGAAGAAAACGCUAAGUUUCUUAUUAUGUGCGCGAAAAUGGCCUUUCAACAUCAGCCGGGUACCGCUAUGGAGUGCCUAAGCAUACCAAUUACAUUACACAAAGAAACAGAAAUUAAUGAGAAUGGCGAAGAAGUAAUGAAAUGUGGCUUUAAAAUUGGAGGAGGAAUUGAUCAAGACUUCACGAAAAGUCCACAGGGUUAUACAGACAAUGGUAUAUAUGUAACAGAGGUGCACGAAGGAUCACCAGCUGCAAAAAGUGGUCUUAGGAUGCAUGAUAAAAUUUUACAAUGUAAUGGGUAUGAUUUCACAAUGGUAACUCACAAGAAAGCAGUUUCUUAUAUAAGAAAGCAUCCGGUGUUAAAUCUUUUAGUAGCUCGUAAAGGUGUCACCAGUACUUAAAAGAUGUGCCAAGAGAAAUUUUUUGAACAAUAUUUAUUUUUUAAUCUACUUUAAGCUGUUUGUCCAUUCAAUUUAUUUUUUCUGCCAAAUAUUAUAAUAAAUAUUAGUAAAAUUUUGAUCCAUUACUUCUAUAUAAAGAUAUCGUUAAAUUAUAUAGUUGAGGAAGUUAAAGUUUCUUUGUUUAUUUUAAAAUUGAUAUAAGAAUUUAUACUAAUCUGAUAUUGUUAGUUAAUAUUGUUAACACAGUCAGUUUCUUCUGAUCUAGAAUUAUCGAGAUCGAGCAUUUCCUCUAUUCCAAUAUUUCUCCUCAAUCUCCAGUCUUAUUCUAAUGACAUAUACAUGUAAUAAAAAUACUGCGCGUUUUGUUUUUCAUUUCACUUUUACUUUAAUAUGAUAAAUGUUCUACAAAAAACAGUAUGAAAAUAGAAUUGUAUCUUAUUUAAGAAAAAAAUAAUUGAGUUAGAAUAGAGAAAAAUUUAGAUCAGA